UUUGCGACAGGCAGCCAGGAACGGGGCUCCGUAGCUGGCUCCGCUUCCGGCCGGGGCGCGGGGCGCCUCGGUGCGGCCGCCGGUCCCUCUCGCUUCUCGCCGGGACCCCUGGCCCCUGACCCCGGUGGCAGCUGGUCUGUGGCGGGAGGUCGGGGCCGGGCCGGCUCCGGCCUGCCCUGCGAGGUGACCUUGGUCGAGUCCCCGGUCGCGCGGAGCCGCGGCGCCCGUGUGCGGCGCGGGCCUGUCAGGGACCCAGGUCUCCUGCGGCCGAGGACGCAGACCUAGAACGGCCCCACGGGCUGCCCCGUGGCACGGGAAGCGCCAGGCCGCGUGGGGCGGAGCUGGGGAGCUCGGUCUGGGCGGGGGAGAUGCCCCUACAUGUGAAAUGGCCGUUCCCCGCGGUGCCGCCGUUCACCUGGACCCUGGCCAGCAGCGUCGUCAUGGGCCUGGUGGGCACGUACAGCUGCUUCUGGACCAAGUACAUGAACCACCUCACCGUCCACAACAAGGAGGUGCUGUACGAGCUCAUCGAGAACCGGGGCCCAGCCACGCCCCUCAUCACUGUUUCCAACCACCAGUCCUGCAUGGAUGACCCUCAUCUCUGGGGGAUCCUGAAACUCCGCCACAUCUGGAACCUGAAGUUGAUGCGUUGGACUCCCGCGGCUGCAGACAUCUGCUUCACCAAAGAGCUCCACUCGCGCUUCUUCAGCUUGGGCAAGUGUGUGCCCGUGUGCCGAGGAGAUGGCGUCUACCAGAAGGGGAUGGACUUCAUUUUGGAGAAGCUCAACCAUGGGGACUGGGUGCACAUCUUCCCGGAAGGGAAAGUGAACAUGAGCUCCGAGUUCCUACGCUUUAAGUGGGGAAUCGGACGCUUGAUUGCCGAGUGUCAUCUCAACCCUGUCAUCCUGCCGCUGUGGCAUGUUGGAAUGAAUGAUGUGCUUCCUAACAGCCCGCCCUACUUACCCCGCUUCGGACAGAAAAUCACCGUGCUGAUCGGGAAGCCCUUCAGCGCCCUGCCUGUACUCGAACGGCUCCGGGCAGAGAACAAGUCAGCCGUGGAGAUGCGCAAAGCUCUGACUGACUUCAUUCAGGAAGAGUUCCAGCGCCUGAAGGCCCAGGCGGAGCAGCUGCACAGCCACCUGCAGCCCGGGAGAUAGAGCGCGCCCUGCUCCCUCCUGCUAGAGGGGGGCUGGCCCCCUGGGCCGGGAGAUAGAGCGCGCUCUGCUCCCUCCUGCUAGGGGGGCCAGCUGGCCCCCACCCAGGCCCUGGCCGCUGGCUGCCAGUGCCGGCUCCAGACUCUUGCCCUGCACACAGCUGAACUGGGGGAUGCACUGGGGUCUUGAGGUCAGAUACAUUCUUUUAGACACAUGUGUGCAUAACCCUAAACAGGGGUCCUGUCCUACUUGGUGAGCAUUCCCUCUGCUCUGAGCUGCUUCGGCUGAAGGCAGGGUUUUGCCUGCUCCUCCCACUUGGCCGCGGAAGGAGGCAGGAAUCUCGGCAGGGGCGCCCUUCCUCCCCCGGGGCCGGCGUCAGCACGGAGGGGGUGCCCGGAGGGGGGCAGGCGGCCAGGCCAGAGCUCCGCACAGGGCUCGUGAGGCCCUUGGCUUGGCAUCCACCAGAUUGGCCCGGCCCGGGAGCUGCCCACCACGUCCUCAGGGAUGCCCAUCGGCCACCUCCUCGUUCCUUCCGCACUUCCCACAGGCAGGGGAUCCUCAGGCAGGGCCCAACUCCGCGCCGCAAGCAGAAGGGCAGUCUUUUGCCAGGAGUGAAAUCCCGCUGAAUGGACCCUACAGCC